UAGACGAAAUACGGGUGGGGAAAAUAACGUUAAACGCACCGUCUUUAUUGAACAUGGCGACCCGAGGACCGAAUGGAGAUUUUCCUUAUUUACCUUCGGGGGCAGCGGAGGUGAACCGACUGAUCCAGGAAAAUGGCGACCUGUUUUCCGAGUCGCAGUGUAAAGUGUGCAACGCUGUCCUCAUUUCAGAGUCACAAAAACUCGCGCAUUACCAGAGCAAGAAGCAUGCAAGCAAAGUCCGACGCUACAUGGCCACCCAUGAAGACGAACCCUUUGCCAAGAGAUUCAAACCCUCAUCACAUGAUGCUGAAAGUGGCGAAGUGUUGCAGAAUGAAGGGGACAAAUACAAAUCCUGCGAAGUGUGCAACAUGAGCUUUUCCUCUCCAGUGGUGGCUCAAUCUCAUUACCAAGGCAAAGUUCACGCCAAGAAUAUUAGAUUCGGAAAAAGCCUCGGAGUACAGACACCUGCCACACCUCAACCCGUUGCUCAAGUGAAGAAGUUGGAUGGACAGACCGGCGAAGGACGAGGCUCCGAUGAUCACGACCCCAACCGCUUCUGCACCAUCUGUCAGGCUUCCUUCAACAACCCAGUGAUGGCGCAACAACACUACAGCGGCAAGAAGCACAAAAAACACCUGACCAAGCAGAAACUGAUUGAGACCUUCGGGCCUUCCACCGCUCCAGCCUCUACAGUAAAGGGCUACCCGUGUACCAUGUGUAAUAUCGAGCUCAAUUCGGUGGAACAGUACCAGGCUCAUAUCAGCGGCGCCAAACACAAGAACCACGUUCGACUCAAGGAAGGUGGGAACUCAACGGUGAGCCCCCUGGGGAAAAAACAGCCGGUCUAUCUGUAUGGCUAUAACCAGGAGCAGGAAGCCGAGGAGGACUGGGGCAGUUUAAAGCAGGACUAUGAGUCAGGAGGAAUGUAAGGCUUCGGCGCCCUUCGACACGUUCACGACGAGCUGCUCCUGUUCAAGCGAAGGCAACGUCUCCCUUCACGACGCCACCAGAUUCCGCUCUAACAUCGCUCGUUAUUCUGUAUGGUGUAUCGUUCUCACUCAGAGGUAGAUGAGUGAACACCGCUAACCUCCAUACUGUUAUUAUUAUUAUUUUUUUUUUACAAGUAUUUAAAUGAGUGUAAUCUUAUAGUAAUGCGUUAGAUAAAUAGUCAUUACACAACAUUGUGUAACGACUGAAAUUAUUCCUGGAGGGAACAACAACAGCAACGGUUUGUUUUUGUUUUUUUCCCCCCCCCUCCCUGCUUUACUUUGGUCUUCUAAGACUGGAGAUGUGCAAGACCUAAACUAUUUAAUAAUAAUAAUAAAAAAAAACUGUAUCCUUUCCGGUUACUCCUGAGCUUUGUAGUAAUCUAAUCUCUGUAUUUUUUUUUUGUUUGUUUGUUUUUAAAAAAAAAAAAAAAAAAGAGUGAAGAUUAGUUUCCUGAUCUUUCUAUGUUUCCAUAGUCAAUGUGAAGUCAUUACCUUAUUUGCCCAGUAGAGGGCAGUAGAUAGCUUUUUGUUUGUUUGAUUUUAAGUAUAAUUUUUGGUGUUUUAGUUAUGUGUUUCGUUAUCGUACGUGCUUGGCGCAUACUCCUGGAUGUCGCGGCGCACAGUGUUGGACCCGCAGGUCAAAACCGAGCUACAGUUUGUGUUGCUCAACUGCAUAACUUUUUAAAUACGUUUCUAUCCUAUUUUGUACAGGACUCCGCUGAUGACGUCCGUGCUUAAAGAGAAAAAAAUAAUUGCAUGACCACGACGAGGGAAGAAGAAAAUUAAGUGCGGCUACGUAUUGUAUAUACGUUGUUUUUUUUUUUGUAUGUUUGUUUUUUAAGGAAACUACAACACGCUUGGAUGGAAAAGCUGCCGUUCGUCCGUAUCAGUUGCGAUAAAUAAAUAAAUAAAUAAAUACAAAAGUAUUUCACGCGCACAACUUAUCGUUACGCACUGCACCGUUUUCCUAGAAGAGAACGGACGUUAUGCACAAGCCGUUUGUUUAGAGGUGUAACAGUCGAUUUUUAUUUAUUUUUCUUCUUCUUCCCUUCUUACUUUUACAGAUAACCUGGAAUGUAUGUAAGACUCGAUUUAAAAAAAAAAAGUCCUUAAUCAUUUUAUAGAUACGUUAAUUAAUUAAUGAGUCACUGUAAAUCCUGUGGGCGGGGCUUUACGGACAUCGGCGGGAAUUAGGCUUGCUGCCAUAGUCGUCGUUACCGGUGUUACACGGUGUUCACACACCGAUUACAUCACUUGCCCACCGCGGCACCGCCCCCACUGUCGUUUUGCCUUUUUAUGGUAAUAAAAAUCAUUCCGUUCGGUUAGAGAACGGACGCUACGAUUAAAAACCGAACACGUCUGCUCAAUUCAGCACGAGCCGAAUGAGUCGGAGUCGCAGCACCGAUCAGCAGGAGUCCGAUUUCACUUAUCACCAUCGUUAAGAAUAAUAAUGACCCCCCACCAUUCACGCAAUUACGAACACGGGCGGGAACGGGAUGGAGGUGGGCCACCUAAAAGAAAAGUAAUUGACGCAAAUCGUAAAUUACGGAGCCGAGACGGUCAUCGUUUACGUUUUCCGUCCGAGAUUAUCGCUAGAUUAGCGCCGUACCUCCAGACCCGAGUGUUCGGAUGUUUGUAGGAUGUAUAUUUAUAUGGAAUGAUCACUGUAACCACCUCAUGAACUGAUUUAGAUUUUUCCAAUUAGGGUCAAGGUCACAGCAAGGUCAAGGGUCUGAAAUAGUUUCUUAUUGAAUCGCUUCCUUCCUGUUUUGAAGUAUAUUUUAAAGGAUCGAACAUGUGCGCAGCAGAGGCAUCCCUGUCGAGUUCUCCUUGUUUAUUUUAGAUGUUGUAUAUAGUAAUAAUAAUUGCUAAUAAAUUGUCCAUGUGAACACACGAUAGUUUGUGUGUUUGUAUGUGAGCGUGUCUUAACUCGUACGUCUCGACUAGAACGGUCGAGCAGCAGCUUUUUCCCUCAGGCCGCGAUAAUCUUCCUCGUUCCUCCGUCGUCACACCUUCCUAAAUCACGGCCAGGCGUCAGGAUCUUGUCGCUUUUAAGGAGGAUGUCGACAGUACGGCUCUGUAGUUUUGUAUCUCUCGGUGUCUUAAGAUUAAUAGACUGAUUUAUUCAACUUUUUUAUUUUUAUUUUAUUUGACUUUGUGGUGCCCGUGUCCUCACGUCACGCCAGUAAUCGUGCGCGUAAACCGAUCGGUCCUGUCCCGACGUUCAUCUGACCCGUCGAAGCGAUUCUAAAGGUUAUUUGCGGACAGAUUUCAGUAGCGCCCUCCUGUGGUUUACGCUAAACGUGGUCAGGAGUUGGAGCGGCGGUACGGAUACGGGAGUCGUAAUUAAAAUUCCUGUUUUAGUUUACAGGGCUGCGGGAGUCGCCAAGUACAAUUUCCUCUGGUGUAAAAUUCCCGGGGCGAAGUUCUCCGCCGCCUAUAAUAUGAUAAGCGUGUUAUAAAAUGUACGGUAUCCUACAUUUAAAUAACUUCCAUUGCAAAUAAAUAAAUAAAUAAAUAAAUAAAAUUGUGAGCUCCCUGA